CGUUGUUUAGUGUCCGCCGCCCCUUCGUAAGAAGCCUGCUCGUUCCGGGAUCGUGUUUGUGUUCCGUUACGGCGCUCGAUCCUUUCGAGCGAGUGGUUGGCGCCGCAGCUUUCGGAGCGCGGUUUCUUUGAGCGCCGAGCUCAGUCGAGAGAAGGACCACAGAGGCACCGUGGCGCUGAGACGGUCAACGUUUGCCGAGGUGACUGCCGGAGUCGUCGCCGCUCGAAGCGGAAGAGGAGCCUCUUCCAAAGUGCCGCGGACAGAGCGUUUUUGUCGACGGUGAGACGGCAGUGCUGGAACAGAAAGUGUCGUCGCCAGCGGCAAGCUCGAAGUCAUCAUGGACACCAAAAAACCGGAGGAGAUUGGUGGCCGUUCCUGGUGGAACCGACGGACAAAGAUGGAACGGUGCCUGCUAGUCAGCGUUGGGUUCCUCACCGUCAUCGCCAUCGUGCUCAUCGCGACCACAACGCUGGCCAUGGCCAGGCCGAAAGCUUUGAAAAGAGGAAGCCAGGAGCUAUCGACAGAGGUGUGCAACUCGACGGUAUGUCAUGAGCGAGCACAACUGAUUCUGCAGUCGAUGGAUGAGAGCGUCGACCCGUGUCAAGAUUUCUACGGUUACGUGUGCAACAACUGGAUGCGAAACAACCCAAUACCGGACGAACGGGCCAGGUUCAGCAAGUUUGAUAGACUACGGCUGAAGGUUCUUCAUCAACUCAGAGACAUUCUGGAGAAGGCGCCAUACAAGGUGGAGGACCAGAACGUCACCGACCAAGUGGUGCUUGCCUAUCACUGCUGUACCAAUGAAUCCAUAAGCGAGGAAACCAAGUACGCUGCCUUGCGUACCAUGCUCAGCAGCGUCGGCAUCCACGAUUGGCCCCGGCCCGUGGGCUGGCUGGAGGCGCCAUCUUGGGAGGAGCUGUUCGUCCAAGCGUACACCAAGACCGGACUCAGUUUCAUCAUGGCCACCGGUGUGGGCGUUGAUCUCAAGAACACUUCCGUCUACGUCAUCAGCUUCGAUCAACCCGGCUUCGGAAUCGGCCGAAACCAGCUGAUCAACAUGACAACACCCAACAACGAGCCCAUCGUCAGGGCGUACAAGACGUACAUGGCGGGGUCGAUACGCUUCAUGCAACCCAGUCUCAGUGAUAGCGCAGUCGACGCCGUCGUAGAGGACAUCGUCAACUUUGAAUCUCAACUGGCCAGGCGCACCAGGUCUCCCGAAGACCGACGAGUAUUCGACACCAUGUACAACCGCCGGACGGUUGCCAACUUGAGUGCCGAGUUCCCGCAGGUGGACUGGCUAACCAUACUGAACCGAAUCUUCGAGCCGAUCAACCUUACAAUGACAGAGGAAGAGGACGUUGUCAUGAGGGAACCGGAAUACUACAACUCCACGCUCGACUUUCUCAAGACUGUCGAAGGGGCCACAAUCUACAACUACGUCGGAUGGCGACUAAUGCAGAACUUCGGGCCAACUUCGUCGAAGCUGCUGCGUAAGUUGGAAUUCGAGUUCGUGCGGGUGGUGCAGGGAGUGGAGAAGAUUCUGCCGAUAUGGCAGCGAUGUAUCGGCAGCAUCAGCGCCAUACUUGACCACCCGAUGGGCAGGCUCUACAUCGACAGGGAGUUCAGUCCGCAAGCGAAGGAAGACAUGGACUCACUCGUCGCUGAUCUGAAGGUUGCCUUCAGCGCCCUCCUCCAGCAAAAUGAUUGGAUGGAUGAUUACACCAAGGAGCAAGCUGCCAACAAGCUGAAUGCCAUAGUCGACAACAUUGGUUACCCGACUUGGCUAAAGAACAACACACACCUCAACAGCCGCUAUGACAUUAUUAAGCCGAUCAUACCAGGAACUCCUUUCCUGAACGUCUACUUAAACGUCCGGUAUAACGGCAUGGUCAAGAGGCUUGAGAAACUCCGGACGACAUUCAACAGGAGUGAGGAAUACGUUGGAUCGGCAGUCGUGAAUGCCUUCUACAAUCGUGUGGCCAAUUCCAUAGCUUUUCCAGCGGGAAUCCUUCAGAGUCCGUUCUAUGGCUACGGCCUGCCUCCCUCCGUAAACAUGGGUGCCAUUGGUUCUAUCAUCGGGCAUGAAAUCACUCACGGUUUUGACGACGCAGGUAGCCAAUUCGACUUCGAAGGCAACCUCCGAAACUGGUGGACGCACGACACCAGGAACAAGUUCCUCAAACGCGCCCACUGCUUCAUAAACCAGUACGGCAGCAUCGUCGAUCCGCAAGCAGGCAUGAGCCUCAAUGGAAUCAACACGCAAGGAGAGAACAUCGCUGACAACGGUGGCAUUCGGGAAGCAUUCCGGGCAUACCGAAUCAGCCUAGCAAAACUGGGAAAGCCGAACGGCGUUGCUCUACCCGGACUCGAGCACUUCACCAGCGACCAGAUGUUUUUCAUCUCUACAGCAACAGCAUGGUGCACCAACAUGAGAACUCAAGAACUGAAAAACGACAUCCAGUACGAUACACACAGUCCAUCGAAAUACAGGAUUAACAUCCCAAUGGGCAAUCUGGUCGAGUUCUCGCACGCAUUUGGAUGCCCCGAAGGAACGCCUAUGAACCUGACUCACAAGUGCAUCUUGUGGUGAUCCGCUCUGGUCACUCGCAAUCCGUGGCUGCACUUCGGGGAUCCGGACGGCUCUUGCUUCCAAGACCACGCGGAUCCACUCCAACGCAUAAGGAAAACCGAGCCGUCAUACGAAGCGACAGGGGAAGAAGAACGAGAAAGGAAAAUCCCCGCCCGCUUCUUCAUCAAACCAUCUUUGUCUCUCCGCAAGUGUGGAUCCCCCUCCCGUAGCUUCGUACCACAAUCGAACGCAUUAACUCUCUUGUACAUACGCGUUUUCUUGCUUUCAUUCAAGAAUACUUCAUGUCGAAACCGCGUGUUUACCGAAGCUACGUUGGAAGGACGACAUCGGAGAAAAGAUGGCAACGAGGAAAAAAGAAACGUCAUCGUCUCGCGAAUGGUCUUUUAUUUCUCAAUGACGUUCUUUUUGUAAAAAAAAGAAAGAUGGCUGUACAGUAUGACUGCCUUUUUU